CUCGAAAGAUUUGAGCGCAGACCUAAUGCGCGCGAACAUGUCGUACGCUGUUCCGUUCGCUGGAAAACUGCUUCGGCUUGUAUCUGCGCAAAAAGCUCAGCCCGCCAUAUUGCCUUCCUAUGGCGCAAUCUCACCGCCUUGAAUGUCCGGCUAGCUGUCUCCGUUCACGUUCUACCGUACUUUUUCUGGAGCCACAUUCCCAGGACGCUGAAGAGUUACGCAUCGCUGUUUCGCUCUGCUAUCAUUUAUCUGGACUUCACCUAGGAAGGGCGGUAAAUUACAGGCGCGAUGUGCAGAUUCAUGGUAUACAAAGGCAAAGAUGAGAUCCUCCUCUCCGAGCUCAUCCUCAACCCCACACACUCCAUACUCACCCAAUCUUUCGACUCGCGACUCCGCCUAGACACGCGCCGCCCGCACAACGGCGACGGCUUCGGCAUCGGAUACUACACCUCUCCCUCCCUCGGCCCCGAGCCCUGCGUCUUCACCUCCACAAUCCCCGCCUGGAACUGCAUCAACCUGUCGCGCAUCGCGUCCAAGACCACCUCGUCGCUCAUCUUCGCACACGUCCGCGCCACCACCGAAGGCAACCUGUCCGACUCCAACUGCCACCCGUUUCUGUACAAGAGUCUCAUGUUCAUGCACAACGGUGGGAUUGGCUGUUUUAAGAAGAUCAAGAGGAGGCUGGCGAUGGGGUUGAAUGAACAGUGGUUUACGCUCGUGCAGGGCAGUACGGAUAGCGAGUGGGCGUUUGCCCUGUUUCUGGACAGCAUGGAGAAAGCGGGGCAUCAUCCGGACGCUGACCCGGGCAAAGGCGGGUUCGGACACACGGUCCUCCGCAAGGCCAUACUCAAGACGAUCGAGCGGAUCAAUGCGCUGAUCAAGGAGGUUGGGGGCGAGGGUGAUGGGGGAGAGGAUAGCAGGAGUUUGCUCAAUUUUGCGGUUACAGAUGGCGAGAGCGUAGUGUGCACGCGGUACGUGAGCUCGAAGACGGAUGAAGCUGCGAGUCUAUUCUUCUCGAGCGGGACGAGCUGGCGAGAGUCAAAGGGUGCGCAUAAGUCCGGCGGCGGCCGAUGCUGCGGCGAACCGGGACAGAAAGACUAUGUCAUGGAGAGGCGCGACAAAGGGUCGGACAUUGUUCUCGUGGCUAGUGAGCCUCUGACCUUCGAACGAGAUAACUGGGUCACCGUCCCCACCAACAGCACCCUGACCAUCUCCAAGCAAACCGUCAUGAUCCACCCCAUCAUCGAUGAAUUCUACUCCGCUAAUCCGGCGCACGCCCGCUCCUCUGGCUUCGCGCAAGCCAAGGGACAGACAAUCACAGGGCCAGAUAAGAGAGUGCUCCCGCAGCCCAGUAGUGGGGCUGCGACACCGCAUCGCAGCGAGGAGGUUGUGAGUGGGGCGAUUAGCCGGCUGAGAGUGGCAUGAGAUGGCAUAUCUGCUGUAAGAUUGUUAUUGAGGAGAGUUGUAAGACAUGGACGAGGUAUCGAACAGUCGCACCGAGAAACUAAGGUUUCGAUCGCAUUCUUAAGGUCUCGAGACAUGGACCGGCCGCGCGGAACGUCAGGCUAUAAUGCUUAUAGAGGUUCGCUUCAAUUCUAAUGACAAUUCGUCGAUUGGG